AUGAUAGCCGGUGUCCGGCAGAUUCUGCUACUUUCUGUUGUGACGGAAUUAACAGCCUACCUUCCGAUUCCAAUAGAAAUUCCCUUCGUUCCGGUCUCAUUCAUAGUGGGUGCCAACCCACCUAAACCUUCCACAAAUGGUCCAACAUCGUCCAUGAGUGUGCCACAGAUCGUUCGUUACUGGGGCUAUCCGCUAGAAGAGCAUCGAGUUGUCACUUGCGAUGGUUACGUCCUCACUUUGCAUCGGAUACCCCAUGGACGAGUCCACAACCGAAACCCACCCGCAAAUCGACCGGUGGUGUUUCUCCAGCACGGAUUACUCUGCUCCAGUUCCGCAUGGCUGCUCAAUGCGCCAGAUCAGUCGGCUGGUAAUUUGAAAUAUUUUUCUGAAUCGAAUAUGGACCAAAAUAAAUGUUACCCAGGUUUUCUCUUCGCUGAACACGGUUAUGAUGUUUGGCUCGGUAAUAUGCGUGGUAAUGUUUAUUCAAAACAACACAGGACUCUUAACAGCGAUUCAGCCGAUUUUUGGAGGUUCAGUUGGGAGGAGAUGGCCAAAUACGAUCUACCAGCCAUGAUCAACUAUGUUCUAAACAGAACCGCUCAAAGAUCUUUGUAUUACGCUGGACAUUCGCAGGGAACAUUGACGAUGUUGGCAAAGCUUUCAAAAGACCGAUUGUUUGCGCAAAAGAUUAGAAAGUUUUUCCUUCUUGCUCCGGUCUAUCGAAUGUCUCAUGUCAAAGGAUUCUUCUACAACUUUGGGCAGAACUAUGAACGUCUCAAGGAAGUUUAUCGCUAUUUUGGGGACAAUGAAUUCUUUUCGGCCAAUAUCUUCAGCCGACUUGUCACAGAAAACCUUUGUGAAGAUCCUCUUAGCACUGCUUUUUGCGAGGAAUUCAUCUACUUGGUUGCGGGACCAGACAGUAAUCAGCUGGAUAAGGUGGGUGAAGAAAUCGUCAACAAGUUUUCAAUAAUUACUUUCCAGGGCAAGCUUGGUGUUUAUGUGGCGAAUAUGUUGGCUGGGACCUCUACCAGAAAUAUGAUGCACUAUUCGCAAAUGGUUCAUGAUCAGAGAAUGGCGUCGUUCGAUAUGGGAAUUGGCGAAAAUUUGAGGGUUUACGGACAG